CUGAGGAAUGUCAUCAACCGUAUUGAUGUCCAAGGUGCAGAAAGUGUCAUUGACAAGUACAGGGCUCACUUUUCAUUUAUGGAUGAUGUCCUUGACUCUUACAUUGUGGCAGCCUGUAUGCAUCUUUUGGGUCAAAGUGAGAUGGAAGCCGAACCCAACAGGAAACAACCAUUGUUUGCUAUUGUGGAUGACCAUACCCGAUACAAAUUUUUGUAUCAGAUAUCAAAAGAUAUUUUGUACAAGUACAUCAAAGUAGAAAACAACCUGGAAAUGGUUAAUGCACAGUAUUCAGAGCUGAACGUCCAAAAUGAUGCACUAAAAGACAUGUUCGAUCAUGUAGGAAACAGGUACGAGUGCGUGGAAUGCAACAAAAUUUUCAAGAAAGUUGGGUUCUUGAAAAGACAUCUUAGCAGGGAACAUGAAUGGACAUUUGGAGUGGACAGACAGGAUGGUCAUUCACCUGAUCACAUCGCCCUGUACAGAGCUUCCUUUAUGAAGUGUGCAUUGCUGUUGCGGGACAUUGAGGAUGCCUAUAAAAUGGGGGAUGGUGACAGAAUUACAGAAACAGCCAAAUUCCAACUACUGCUAUCUAAUGUUGGGAGGCAUACAAAAUAUCAACUCUGGCUGUUCAAGUUUUUGGCCUAUAUCUAUGGAAUUCUUUCACCAAGAAUGUCGUUUGAAUAUAAAUGGAACUGUACAUCCAACUUACAUGGUGGCAUAGGACAUAACAUACCAAAUGACAACCUUGUUGAACUGCAAGUGCAAGCAAUCAAGAAAAAAGUGCAAGCACAGGGUUCCAAUGCAACCUAUGAAAGUGCAAGAAAAGCUGCACUCACUGUCCAAGUACAAGAUGCUAUAAAGCAAAAUAUAGCAAAUCAAGGCCAUGCAAAAAAGUCUGGAACAAAAAGACCUGUAGUUUCAAAAGCUGGCGAUGUUAGUCUUAUAGUUGAAAAAUUAAUUAAGGCAGGUAUUAUGGAGAACAUUCCUGGACGUGAAUUCCACUCAUUCCGUGGCUUUAAGGACAUUUAUUCAAGGGUAAAGGUCCAAGACUUUCAUACUUGGGUAACACGUGCCAAAGAACGCCUUUCUGUUGAAGGAUUGCAUUAGAUGCAUGAUGGCAUCACUAUUCCAUUUUAGGAAUGUCAUAGUAUUAGCAAAGUAUAAGACUUUUGACACUUUGUAUUUCAAAGUACAUCCAUGUACUGUUUGAUCUCUCCUGUGGUCUCUAUGAUGAAAUGUUACACCUGUCAUCAUGAAAAUGUUUAUUCAUCUCUGUUAAAGAAAUUUUCCAUAAAAUACAAAACGAAAAGUUGACAUCUAUACUUCAUGUAAUAUAUUUAAUGCAGACAAAUAUAUACUGGCCAUAUAUAAGAUAAUCCAAAUUACAGGUAAUACUUUGUACUCAGUCUCAUAUAGUUUGUACAUAUAAUCUUGAGUCAUGUUGCAUGAUUGUCUAUUUCUGGUCCAAUUACAUGAAAUUGUAAUUAAAAGUAAAAUUAUAUUAAAACAACAGGUAGAAUUAUAAAGUAAUGAAUCAUUCACUUACAUUCAUACUUUGUCAAGAUUAAUACUUUUUUUUUUGUAAGAAUUUCCAACUUUCUACCAUUGUCUAAACUUGUAUCCAUACAUUUCCAAUGCAACAACACAUAAAUUCUGUUGUCGAUUUAACCGAUAAUAAAAUGUAGUGUUGGGAGCAAG